AUGGCGCAGUUCAUGCGCGAUCCAGAAGUGGUGUUAGCAGAGAUUAUAGCUAUCCAAGAACCUUGGAGAAACAGCUUUAAAGACGACACCCACCACCUAGUAAAACAAACACACGACCUCUACUACCUAUUCGAAGCGGAGACUGGUGCAAGGGCACGAGUGUGCCUAUUCAUAUCGAAGAAGAUGGCACUAGGCACACAUAUUGUUCACUCAGCCGACUGCCAGGAGUAUCAGAUAAAAACAGAAGAACAGGAGCUCCGCAUCAUUAAUAUAUAUAAUAAAGGAGGAACGUUAGCCAUGAAUGACCUAGAGCAGAUACUAAGAAGGAUAUCCUACCUAGUCAUAGGCGACUUCAACCUUCAUCAUCCAGCCUGGGGCGGCGACGGAGCUUCGCAGGACUUAGGGUCAGACGACCUACUAGACCAAAUCGACAUCGCUGGUCUAGACCUAUGGCUUAGACCUGGUACAACCAUAUGGAGAAGGGGAGGAGAAGCAGGCCUCCAGGAGACAACGAUCGACCUAGUUCUGGCAUCAUAUGCCCUCCGAGAGCGUAUGAUCGCAUGCGAAACAAAAGAGAGGAUCCACGCUGACUCAGACCACCUACCGAUAUUAACCACACUCGAAAUCAACACACCAAAAAUCCUAGAAACGCGAAGACGACAAUGGAAGAAGAUGGAUAUCAGCAAAUUUAUAAAAUUCGUAUCCGAAAACCUAAAGAACAAGCUAUGGAUGCACUCACCAGAACUGAUUAACGAAUCAAUCAACCACCUACUCGAUAUCGUGUAA